CAAGUAACGGUGCCGGGGGUGGCGGCGGGGGCGGUUACUGGAGAAUACCACUCGAUCAAGAUUUAUUGACAACAAUUGCUGCAAUAUAUCCAGAUUGGUUCAAAACACCUGAAACAAAUAAUAAUAAUACAAGUAUUUCAAAUAACAAUAAUACGGUAGUUACUAGCACUACAAACAGUUCUAGUUCCAGUUCUGUAACUGUUCCAACUGUAACAUCAACAACUGUUUCACAACAACAAAUAAUAUCAUCAUCGUCAGACAUUAUAAACAAUAUGGCUGACAACAUGGGCACACAAUCUACAACAGCAACCACUUUAACAAAUGGUGGUAAUACUAUAUUGCUUACCACAACCACAACCAGGAAUAAUGGUACACCUACAUUAUCAUCCCCACGUUCACCAGAAUCUCCACCAAAAGCUGUUGUUGACACAUCACCAUUGCAGAAUGCUAUGGACAGGAACAAAGAAUCACUCAAAGUGAAGUUAAUGCUAAGGCGACCCAUUAACCAGUUAGUUGCUCAAGGAAUCAUGCCUCCAUUAAAAACACCACCUGCAUUUCAUGAACAACGUAAACAAUUGGAACGUGCAAAAACUGGUGAUAUGCUUAAAGCAAAAAUUCAGCAAAGACCUGCACGUGUUGAACUAGAACGUCGUCAUAUUUUGGAAUGUUCAUCUGCACCUAUUGAUCCCUCAUUAGCAGAACGGCAACGUAUGUUGAAAAAAGCACGCUUAGCUGACCAAUUAAAUGAUCAGUUAUCACACAGACCUGGACCAUUAGAAUUAAUCAAAAAAAAUAUACUCCACACUGAGGAGCCAAUUGAACAAGCUGUUAAAACUGGUAAAAUACCGUUCAAAGCUACAUGUGAAGGACAAGUUAGUAAGCCACAGCAUCCUCAUAGUUAUGUGACGCUGGAAGAUGAUUCACAAGGUAGUUCGGAGGGUGGAGGAAGUGGGGGUAGUGAUGUUAUAGAAUCAGCUGCUAAAUCUGCCGGGAUUGUUGUUUCACUUGCCGUUCCAAUCACAACAGCUCAACAAACACAGCAUGUAGUUAGUCUAGCGCCUGCCUCAUUAACAUUUGCAGAACUUUGUCAAUCUGUUAGUGCUAACUUAUUGCCAAUAACUACUGUAGUAGCACCACCCACUGCCCCUAGCCCUGCACCAUCAAGCUCAUUAAGUCCGUUAUCAUCAUUAGCAUCACCUGCCACACCACAAACUCCACUUACACCAAGGGCUCAAUCAUCACCAGCACCUGGUAAAGACAAAAAUCGUAAAAAAUCAAAGUUGAAGUCACAACCAAAAACACGAACAAUAAAAUUCCAUGAAUACAAAGGUCCUCCUAAUGCUCCACAAAAAAAUAGUUCUGCAAUAGCAAACAAUCCCAAUGCCAAUGGUGAAACGAGCUAUCAGUUACUGUUGGAACAACAGCAAUUAUUCCUCCAAUGGCAAUUGGAAUGGCAACAUAAAUACCCACAAAUUAUUUUACCUGCAGCUCAAAAAACAAAUAAUCUUGAUGAUACUCCAGCUGGUAGUCCGCCAUCUUCAGUAACAACAUCUAUAUCGCAAUCAGAAGCACCUCCACUACCGAGACCUUUAAGUCGAUUGGAAGACAUGAAAGUUAGUGAUUUAAAAGCAGAAUUAAAACGCCGCAACUUGCCAGUAUCAGGUCCAAAACCACAACUUAUCGAAAGAUUAAAACCAUUUACGGAACCUCUUACACACAGUGGUCAUAUUAUUAUGGAUACACCACCACCACCUACACCUAGUGAGGAGUCUCAAACAGAAGACGAUAAUAAAUCACAGGCAUCACCCGCUAGUAGUGACCAUGGCUCAAUGGACGUAGUGCCAGAAUCGCCUGUGUCCACGCCAAUUACAAAUGACGACCUCGUACGAGAACAACAGAGGAAGAUCGAAGAAUUACAAAGAGAGCUAACAAAAUCACAAUUACAAUUACAGCAAGUUCGUAAUGGUGUCAAUGUAGUAACAAAUGGACAAAAACUUGCGUUGCAACAUCAUGUACAAGCAAGGCAAGCAUUACGUCAACAACAACACGUUGCAUUCCAAAAUGCUGCUAAAAAUGCAAAUUUGAGUGGUUUAGUACUUAAUGGACAACAGGCCGCAUUAGUUCAGUUACAAUUAACAAAAGGUAAACUUGUGAAUGGACAAACUGGAACUAUACAAAACUUUUUGGGAGCAAUACCUAUAGUUCCAGCUGCUGUAAUAACCACGACACCGGCUACAGCAGUACCACAACAACCAGAGGUUGUUCAAAUAACUCGACAACAUCAUAAUAGCCUAUCGUCGCCUCCACAUUCACAAAAUAUUGAACAUACAAAUAUUCCAGAACCUCCUCCAUUACCUCCCCCACCCCAAUUACCACCACAAUAUGAUGAUUCGCCACAACCUUCUACUACUGAGCUGGAGAAACCAAGUAGUGUAAAAAGUCAAAUUGUGGAUGAUGUAUUAGAAAUAUUAAUUAAAAAUGGUGAAUUACCGCCAAGUGCUGCCAAUGACCCAAUUACACCAAAUGGUUGUGAAAUGCAAACAGAUUCACCUUUGGUGCAUCAUCAAGAAAUUUCUCAAGCGUUAUCUGAUCAGAUGUCGAAAGAACUUUCUGAUGCAAUGUCACAUCAUGAAAAAAUGGCUGCUCAACGUAAAGAACAAGAAGAGCAGCAGCAACAUUUAAAUCACAUUGAUCAUCAUCAUCAUCAAUCACCUCAAAGUCCAAUGUCAACGUUAGAUGCGUUAUUCUUAGGUCAAACACCAAACGAUCUAAAAGAUUUAGCAUUAGAAUUAGAAACUUUGGAUACAGUAGAUUUUUCAGCUUUGGAUAUGGAAUUAGAUCGUCAAGUUGCGCAACAUCAUGAGGCAAUGGACGAAUCACAAUCACAGCAACCCCAGCUUCAUGAUCAUCAUGCGCAUCAAGUGUUUAAACAAGAGAUGCAGGAUGAUCAUCACCAACAAAAUGUUAUGGAUUUACAAAAUCAAAUGAAACAAGAGACAGUUGCACCAACCGAAGAAUUAAUGGAUGUGUGUACUGAUAUAAAUAUGGACAUGGAUGAACCAGAUUGGUUGGAUUCAUUAAUGCCAACAGAAACAAACACACAACCCCAAAAUAUUCCAACGACAACGAUUGCCACAUCUAUGAUCCCAACGAGUGUAUCGUACAGUGAUUAUAGUCAUUCCAUUAAUGCCUAUGAUCCAUUGUUAGGGAACAGUUUAUUACAAGAUCCAUUCGAUUUGUUUGGUUUAGAAGAAUUUCGUGGUACUGUUAGUGAUUUAUCAGCGCCACCAUCAACAAUGUCAUGGGACAAAUUAGAUUUUGCAGCGUGACUGAGUACAAAUUACACUUUGUUUAAAUAUUUUUAUUUAGUGUUAUUAUUAAUAAUUAUGAACAACUAUUUUUAUAAAAAUCACGUCCAUAAUUCGCAGUGUUCGAGUAAAU